UCCUCCGCCAUCUCCGGACCCCGCGCCGUUGCCAUGGCGACGUCGGGCGGCGGAGGCGCAGCGCUGUGCGGGGAGCUGCUGGAUUACAAGACCGAGAAGUUCGCGUUGACGAGGAACCGGCGCGUGGGGCUGCUGCACCGCCUGCUGCAGCUCGCCGUGCUGGGCUACGUGCUGGGGUGGGUGUUCGUAGUGCGGAGGGGUUACCAGGACACCGAUGCCGCUCCCCACGUCUCGGUCGUCACUAAGCUGAAGGGAGUGUCCGUCAGCCGGGCGGAGGACGCGAGGAGACGGCUCUGGGAUGCGGCGGAUUUCUCGAGGCCCCCGCAGGGAGAAAAUGUGCUUUUUCUGGUGACAAACUUCAUUGUGACAGACAAGCAGGUUCAGGGCACUUGUCCCGAGAGCCCCUCUGUGCUGGAUGGGAUCUGCAUGGAAGAUGUGGACUGUCCUGUCGGAAACCCAGUGGUUCAUGGCAAUGGGAUUAAGACUGGGAAAUGUGUGAUGUUCAACAGCACCCAUUCCACCUGUGAGAUCUUUGGCUGGUGCCCCGUGGAGAAUGACACCCUGCCCAGGAAACCUCUUCUGGCUGAGGCAGAGAAUUUCACUCUUUUUAUAAAAAAUACUGUCAACUUCACCAAAUUUAACUUCUCCAAAGGCAACACGCUGCAGACCAACGACCCCACCUAUUUCAAGACCUGCAUCUACGAUCCCUUUUUCAGCCCUUCCUGCCCUGUGUUCCGUGUCCGUGACAUGGUGGAAGCGGCUGGGGAGACCUUUGGGUCCCUCGCACUGCUGGGAGGAAGCAUCAGCGUGCGCAUUGAGUGGGACUGCAACCUGGACCAGCCUGCUGCCCACUGCCAGCCACGCUAUUCCUUCAUCCUGCUGGACAGGAGGUACAACUUCAGAACAGCCUCCUACUACUGGGGCUUGCAGCGGCAGCACUACCGGAGCCUGCUGAAGCUCUAUGGCAUCCGCUUUGACAUCUCUGUGCACGGCCAGGCUGGGAAGUUCGGUAUAAUUCCUGCUGCUGUCAGCUUUGGCACUGGCAUCGCGUUCUUUGGAACCGCCACCAUGGUCUGUGACCUGGUUCUGCUCUACCUGGAUGCGAAGGCUGACCUCUAUUGGAAAGAGAAAUUUGAGGAGGCAAAACCUCCCAAAGGUAAGAAAGAAGCAGCAGCUGAGGCAGAGAGGGCUGGCCAGGACCUGGGAGAUGCUCAGCAAUGCACACUGGAGUGACCUGCAGGUAGAUGUGAUGGAACACAGCUUUGACCCUGCAGGAGGUGGCCCAAUUCUGGCCGGGCACUGGGGC